UUUAGUCGUAGCAAAAUUGUAGACCUGAAGGAUGAUCUAAGAAUCAUGUGGACCAAUGAUUAUCUGCGUUCAUUAAUUGACGAGAGAAAAACUAGGAAUGUUGAAUAUUAUGACAUUGUGAGUAUUAGUAGAGAGGAUUUUUGGAAUAGCAUCGCAAAUAAGAUUAAUGGACAAUUUAAUACCACUUAUUCCAGAUAUCAAUGCAAGGGAAAGUUUCAAAGUCUGGUAAAAGACUAUAAUAUAAGUAUUUUGAGUGGUGAACAUCUUCUACAAUUGCAACUAUCUCUUACAAUGAGGUUAUUAUUAGUCGAUGUACCUGUAUAUGUCGGAGAUCGAUCUGCAUCUCCAACCCAAAGAACUCCCAGCAGGAGAGACGAAACUACCAAUCGAGAUAAUGCAAGUAAUUUGGGUAGAGAUUUAGGUAAUAACAUAAAUAAUGUGGGUGGGAAUUUAAGCGAUAACACAAAUAAUGCGAGUGAAAAUUCAGGCCAUAAUGCAAAUAGCGCGAAUGGAAAUUCAAAUAAUAAUACGACCCAUAAUGAUAUACACGGAUCAUCAUCCAAUAUACCUGCAUCACAAAAUGGUAGUAAUGUUAAUAUGGCCAAAGCAGGAAGUAGUCAACCUAUAAAUGAGGAAAGUUAG